AUGGCCACUUCCGAUCUGUGGACCGCAGUUGUGACUGGGGGCGCGUCGGGCAUAGGCGCAGCCACUUCUAAGAAACUCGCCAGCCGGGGCAUCAAUGUCCUGAUUGCCGAUGUCCAGGAUGACCUGGGGGAGAAGUUGGCCGAAGAGAUCAAAGCCACGUUCAAGGUCGACGCCCUGUUCCUCCAUGUGGACGUGUCCAAGGAAGAGGAUGUGGUGGCAAUGGUCAAGGCCGUCGUCGACAGAUGGGGUCGGCUCGACUAUGCUGCCAACAUUGCUGGCUUUUGUCGGGGGGACAGGGACGAUGAGGUCGGUGUCUCGACCCAGGAUGUGGACAGCCAUUUUGCAGUCAACCAACGUGGAGUAUGGCUGUGUCAGAAGUUCGAGGCCGCUCAAAUGUUGAAGCAGUCUCCGAGAGGGGUUGAGAUAUUCCCAGCACCCUCUCUACCCAUCAAGCCUCAGCGAGGGGCGAUUGUCAAUAUCGGUUCCACCACGGCCGUGACGGGCAUGGGCUUUGCUGCGUAUGCGCCGACAAAGGCAGCGGUCCUGGAGAUCACGAGGAACGGGGCCUUCUUCUACGGCCCACAAGGCAUCCGGUGCAAUGCUGUCUGCCCCGGAGCAACAGUCACACCGUUGGCGCUGAGCAACAUGCACGACAGCGUCAAGAGCGACCCCGACUAUAAGCAUGAGGGAAACAGAUACACCGAACCCAUCGCGCUCAAAGUCAUGGCGUGCCCUGAAGAGCAGGCCUCGGUCAUCAGCUUCUUGCUCAGUCCGGAGAGUAGCCAUAUCACGGGCCAGACCAUCAUGCUUCUGGUCAUGGCUGACGCCGACCAAACCCAUCACCACAAGGUCGAAGGCCUGUUGCGUUCUGCCCCGAGUGACGAACAGCUCCGGGAGCAUGUGAUCACGGAUCCCAACCAAGAGGUCUCCCGGCUGUCGAUCCGGGUCUUAUUGUCCAUUUCAUCCAUCAGCUUCAUCUUCUCGACCUCUCUCGGGACAUUCUUGUGCCUUGUCCCCGUGCUGGGUAACAUCAAUGAGGACCUCGGCCCGGAUCCGUCCUUCACCUGGAUCGCGUCGUCGUGGACCGUUGCAACCGGCGUGGGACUGAUUUGUGCCGGGUCGCUGUCAGACAUAUUCGGGCGCCGCUGGUUUACGAUCGGAACCGGGGUUCUUGGGGUGGUCGCGUCCAUCCUGGGACUGACGUCGCAUUCCAUCGGGCAAAUGAUUGCGACCAUGACAUUGUUUGGCUUGAAUCAGGCCGGGGCAGUGAAUGGCUUCGCCAGUGUUUCCGAGCUGGUCCCAACCAAAUACCGCGGUCCGGUGGUUGGUAUCAUGAACUUGACCGCUCUUCCGUUCGAUCUCUGUGGCUCACUGAUCGCCCGUUCGAUGAUCUUGAACACGGGACCGGGGUGGAAAUCGGUCUUCUGGAUGGCUCUCGCAGCCAACAUUGCUGGAACGGUCGCUUGCGCCGUCACAUACUUUCCCGCGAAGCCGUUGGCUGCCUCUGCCAGCAAAGGGUCCAUGAUCCGGGACUUCGACUAUGUUGGACUCGGUGGAAUCAUUGUCGGCCCGACACUUGUCCUGCUGGGAGUCAUCUGGGUCCCCCAGUACGGAGCCACAAGUGCACAUUUCCUUGCGCCGUUCCUCAUCGGCGUCGUAACUCUUGUCGCUCUGGGGUUCUACGAAGCCUACAUUCCCAAGGCCCCUUUACUACAUCCCUUCCUGUUCAAACGCGUUCGCACCUUCACCAUGAUCUUGGUGGUGUCGUUUGUCGGCGGCAUGAUGUUUUACGCUCUUCAAGCCAAUUGGCCGACCUUCCUGACCAUCAUGUACACCGGAGACGACUUGCUCCAGGCUGGAGUAUACCAGACCAUCAUGGGAGCUUCGACACUCGCUGCAGGGGCGGGAUCGGCUGUACUACUUCCUUGGAUCGGACCAAAACUCGGCACGACCGCGCUCCUCUCCAUUGGCGUUGUGUUCGAAGUCAUUUUUAUUCCCUUGAUGAGCAUUGCUGGUCCACAUAACAAGGCUGCUGCACUGACGUUUUCGUUCUUCGCUGGAGUUGGCAUUGGGAUAACUACCACGUUACCGAUCGUUUUUAUCUCGCUAUGUACACCGGACGAGUGGAUCGGAUUCGCCACAGCAUCGAUGGGCUUGUCCAGAUACAUUGGAGGCUCGGCAGGCACUGCCAUUUACACCACUGCGCUUACAAGUAAAGCGUCGGUUUAUAUCCCCCAAAUGGUGACGGCAGCAGCUACACAGGCUGGACUUCCCCUCGACUCCGUUCCGCUGCUAUUGGGCCUCCUCACUGGAGCGACUCCUGGUCAGACCCUCGCUUCAAUCCCUGGGAUCACAACGGAGAUAUUCCAACUGGCGUAUUCAGCUUUCCAGGAUGCCUACCAGCAUGCCUUCCGCUACGUUUUCUAUACCAGUAUACCUUUUGGUAUCGUGGCACUCGCCGCCGCUCUGGCGACCAAGGAUCUGUCCUCUCACUUGACAAUGAAAGUGGCCCAACGACUCGUCACCGAUGUCAAAGCCGAGGACGCAACUGUGAUGAAAAACGCCGAGCAUGGCCCAUCUGACCACGAGAUCGAAAUGGUCGAGUCUACGACUCCGAAAGCUUAG